CAGGUUUUUAUUGUUAGAAAAUUGUUUGGUUUUAUAAUUGGUUUGAAAACAGCAGGUAAAAUAAAUUUUCAGAUGCUUUAUUCAUGCCACAUUUUGGUUUGGGUCGAAGUGGGAGUUCUUUGAGUUGUUUAUAGAGCCCCUUGGCACCCUCUACCAUGGGUGAUCAACAGAAGGCAGCAAUAUGUGGCUCUGGUCCUCCAUCAAGUCUGCCAAAAUGGCUAAUAAAAACCCAUGCUAGGUAUGAUGCGGAUGAUGUAGCUUUUACACCUCCAUCUGAAGACGGCUCUCAUUUCUUCUCAUUGCACGUGGCUGUGCCAGAUGAAUCAAGCCAUGCCUCUCCUCUCCACAAGUCAACAUAUGAUCAAAUCAAUGAGGAAUUGGGAUAUGCUGAGCUUCCCAAUAGUUCCCUUGGUGGACGGCGCCUGAGUGUGGGUGGCAGAGUUAGUUCACCGCGAAGAACAAGUGGCUUAUGCCUUAGCACUGAGCUUCUGAGGGACUCUCAAGACCAGCGUAUUGAAAACCUCACAUCUGAAGACCAGCAUCGGUACCAAGUCAAGCCCCUCUUGGUGAUCCCUCGCAUCUUUUCCCAGGACUCAGGCAAAUGUUUGCCUGAUAGCCAGAAUCAAAACACUCAAAACCAACUAUUGCAAUCCCACAAGGAGCAGAAUACUGAAAACGAACGAGCACCAUCCGAAUCCAGCCUAGGUUCUCCUCACGCACAUAGAUCCCCUGUAGUUUCGCGAGGCGCAUCUCCAUCUCGUGAGCUUAAAGCUGAAGAUACAAGUUACAGCGCCGGCAUUCUUGAAAGUGUACGCAAUCUCUUCUAUAAUAAAUCUAGCUCUGAGAUUCAGAGCAGGCUUGGAAUUUCUCCUCAGAAUAAUCGGAAAAUAUCAUGUCCCCAGUUUAGCGGGCAGGUUCCUGAUGAGGUGGCACGUGAAGAAACGCAGUAUAUGAGCACGCAAGGAUUGGUAGUAGAACGCAGGAUGCCUUCUUACAACUCUUUCUUCUACCGCCCUGGCGAUGCUGGAAGUCAGGUGGCUAAGGCUGACAGCAAUGUUCAGGCAAGCGUGCCCCAAGCGUCUGGUGGCGUUCCUGUGCAGCCGUCAAAUACAGCGGCUACACAGCUGCAAAUGGCUGCUGCUGAGGUUGCAGCUGCUCCCUCUGUGUCUGCAAAGCCCCGAAGGCCUAAACCAUCACAGCUCAGAGAAAUGAAUUUCUGGGCACCCACGUCUAUGUGAACUGCUGGUUCAGUCUCGCAUGACAACUGAAUAAAACUGGCUUCAUAAUGAGCAAAAACGGAUGCGUAUUCUAUCACUACGCGAUUCCGUAAAAUUUUACAAUGCUCAAUUGUUGUUACAAAGUUUCAUUUUGUUGUGUACUGGGUAUUGUUCUCAGUCGUAGCAAGGUGCCAACUCGGUUGUCUAUGCAUUCUUGGAAUUUUUUUUACCCUUCUGCGUAUCAAGUUCUGACGAGGCAUAUAUAUCGCCUUUACAUUGUCUGUAAAAUAUUUCGUAAUAUGUCUGUGUAAAUUACGUCCCGAGUGUCAGAUGUAUUCAGGUAUAUUAUUCAGGUGAUGACCUUCAUUUAGUUGUAAAACUUUUUGGGACCAUCGUUUUUGGUUCCUGGCUUCUUGGUGGCUUUAGGUUUCGUUCGUUUACCAUAUUAGCAUUUUUGCUCCGGGUAAGUGGAUUAUGUGACUUGAAUUACUUUUUUCAAUUUGUUGUCAAAUGUCAUCGAUACAACUACCUAGCAAUAAUCUCUAAUUAUACAUCCUGAAAUCGUCAACAUUUCAAUACAAGUUUAUUCUAAAGCUACAGAGCAAGCCCUACAUAAAUCUGUUCAAAUUUGACGUAGAUUUUAAGUGAAAAAAAUUAGUGUACUUGAUGGGACCUUAUAAUUAUAAGUCGCUUCAAUGUCAAAACAAAAAUUUAAUAUUACUUGUAAAAAUCGCAUAGUAUAUUGAGCUAUUGUUUCUUUAAGUUGAGCAGUAAAUUGACAAGUCGUUCAGAUUGUUAGAAAAUGUUUCCAUCCCAUU